ACCACAGCCGAAUUGAAUCUCCAGGUGCUAUUCCAAAUACAAGUUUGAAUCUCUCUCUCUCUCUCUCUCUCUCUUUCUAUACGAUCUCAUUGCUGCUGGUGGCGUUGGUCCGAAACCGAUCGGCGAGCAGAUUCAAUCCAUUCGGAGGUGAAUGGAUGCUAUCAGAAAGCAAGCCUCCAAGCUCCGAGAACAGGUGGCUCGCCAACAACAGGCUGUCCUGAAACAGUUUGGGGCAGGGGGAUAUGGAGGUUCAGAUAAUGUGAUUACUGAUGAGAUAGAGCUCCAACAACAUCAGAAACUUGAGAAGCUCUACAUAUCAACACGGGCAGGAAAGCAUUAUCAAAGGGAUAUUGUCCGUGGUGUAGAAGGUUAUAUUGUUACUGGAUCCAAGCAAGUUGAAAUAGGAACAAAGUUGUCAGAAGAUAGCAGGAAAUAUGGUGCGGAAAAUACAUGUACCAGUGGCAAUACAUUAUCUAGAGCUGCCCUAAGUUAUGCACGUGCUCGUGCUCAAAUGGAAAAGGAGCGUGGGAAUUUGCUAAAAGCCCUAGGCACACAGGUUGCAGAGCCCUUAAGAGCAAUGGUGAUGGGAGCUCCAUUGGAGGAUGCUCGGCAUCUAGCUCAACGUUAUGAUAGAAUGCGACAGGAAGCUGAAGCCCAGGCUAUUGAGGUCUCAAAGCGGCAAGCAAAAAUAAGGGAAACACCAGGCAAUCCUGAGAAUGGUAUGAAGUUGGAAGCAGCUGAAGCAAAGCUGCAAGAUCUGAAGUCAAACAUGGCCAUUUUGGGGAAGGAAGCAGCUGCAGCAAUGGCUGCUGUUGAAGCACAGCAACAGAGGUUGACCCUUCAGCGUCUUAUAGCUAUGGUUGAAGCAGAGCGUGCCUAUCAUCAGAGAGUUCUCCAAAUACUUGAUCAGCUUGAGGGAGAGAUGAUAUCUGAACGACAAGGUAUUGAGGCCCCUCCUACUCCUAGCAUGGAUAGCAGCAUGCCUCCACCCCCAUCAUAUGAAGAAGCAAAUGGUGUCUAUGCUUCUCAGAUUCAUAAUGGAUCAACGGAUAGCAUGGGUUACUUCUUAGGAGAGGCAAUGUUUCCAUACCAUGCUGUGUCCGAUGUGGAGCUAAAUCUUGCAGUUGGUGAUUAUGUUGUUGUUCGGAAGGUCACCAACAAUGGAUGGGCUGAGGGUGAAUGCAAAGGAAAAGCAGGUUGGUUUCCAUUCGGUUAUAUUGAAAGAAGGGAGGGGGUCCUCGCAAGCAAAGUGGCGGAAGUGUUCUAGGUUUUCCUGUUGGGUUUGGUUUCUUACCCUGUGGAUUUUGUACGUGUAUGCUCUAUUUGUGCUUAAAGGUGGAUAAUGUGUUCUUGCCAUAGAAUGAAUUGCUGUGAUAUAGAUACCUACGUCGUCCUUGUGAUUAUCACUUGAUUUUUAUCUUUUUGUCUAGUUAGUUUUCAUUGCAUGAGAACUGUUCAUUCUCAUAUUUUUGUACUUGGACUGAAAUUCUUUUAUUGAGGCUUGUCUCUUUCCUUCAUACUCAGUUAAGCAAGUCCAGAACUAGAAAGGAUAUGCAGACGCAAUUGAAGUUUGUUGUAUAACGGGUAGAUCCAGGUUUGGGAUUUCGAGUUCUUUUGAUCAGCAACUAUGCAGUGCGAGUACGGCAUAUGCUGUUAACUUUGAUUCCGCAUUCUUUUAGGGAGUUUCAUUUUAUCACAACGGAAAGGUGAUUUAAUUUGGGUACCUCAUGUAGAGAGAGAAUGGCUCAUGAUUUUUACAUGAUAUUUCUAGUAGUGUCGUAGGGUUCUUUUUAGAUUUAUAAUUUUCCCUACAGUUGUUAAAUCAUGUUUCUGUAUUGACUUAUUUGUUUAAUGUUUCAUUUAUUUUGCCAA